CUUUGUUUACAACCGUCCAUACGUACUUUUUUUUCUAGUUUGUUUUACGCGCGUCUAGGCUCGAUUACCAGCGUAAAGCCAGUGAAAUUCGCACUCUUGUAAUAACAACGAAAGCAACGAUAAAAGAGCCAAAACUUGAACUUGGGACGGUAAACAACAGUUUGUUCGCCAUCGAAUACCCUUCUACACUGAGCCAGGCGUUAUGCUUGCGAUAUCAAAUUUCCAUCCGUUUGUGGUUGUUUGUCACUAAGGGUCACUAAGGGUGUUACAUAUCAACCUGACGGGGAAUUCUUUAGACCGUCUGUUGUGGUAACGAUUCACCUUUCAACUCUUAACGCUGUGAGUUAUAACAUCAUGGAAGAACGCCGCUGCAGGAGUAGUUCUAGCGCCUCGAGUUUGUUCAUCCCAGCGCCGAAAAUUCCGCCGCAUAAAGGGAACUUUGUCAUGACUUACUUCUCGUGCCCGGUUGGUAAUCUUGAACAAGCGUCUUCAUCGACGCAUUCCGCUCGUCCCAGAGCGGCCGCCGUCACUGAAAAUACUUACAAGAUGACGCCAGACAAACGAUUUAGCGCCGCAGAAGUUAGAAGCAUCAUCCAGCAACAUCUACAGUCGCUAGAAUCACAAACAUACGAUCCCAAGCUGUGUAGAGAAUUGGCCAAGGGCAUGUCGAACUCUAUUAUGAGCGAUUUGAAGAUGUUGGGGUAUUCGCGAUUGAAGUUUGUUUGUUCUGUGACUAUUGGACAGCUAAGAGGACAAGAUGUUAGAAUAGCGAGCCGCUCCAUUUGGGACACUGAACGAGAUACAUUUGUCUCUGAGAGUUUCAAGAACGAGACAUUGUUUGCUGUGGGUGUUGUGUUUGGAGUGUAUCACGAGUAGAGCGAAAUCAGCUCUGAAAUUUCAAGAAUUUUAUUUUUUAUUCUACAAGUAGGGCCCUACGGCGAAGGGCCUGAUUUAUUCAGUGUAUUUAUUGCUUACAGGUAUACAUAGUAAAUAGCGUGCACGUUUUCAGACAUUGGUGAAAAUAUAAAUCUAUUAUGUUACGCUUUCGCAUACUGCAGGUUCCGGUUACGUGAGAGGUCGAAGACCGUUGAACACGUUUUCCCGACCCGCAGGCCAAACUUUGUAUAAAGGAUAUAUCUAUAUGCCAGUUCAGGUAUACAUUACUAGGUAAAUAAAGUAAACUAUAUUGCUCUCAUGUGAAUAAAACUGUUGACGAUUUCAAGUGAUUUUAAAACA